CUUAUAUAAAUGGACACUACAUAGUUAUUUUGAAAGAGUACGGGAACCUUCAGGUCGGACAACGCUUGUGUGUGUAUAUUUUUGUAAAAUCAAAAUGCUACAGUUAUUUUUUUUAUUGGCGUCCAGUUACGCGUUUUUGUGUUUUUCUAGUGCGUCCGCAGUCCCAUUCAUCCAAAAGUGCAAAGCCGAAGACUCGAUAUGUAUAAAAAAGUCGACCCAGGACGCAAUUCCGGUAUUUGCCAAAGGAUUGCCUGAACUAGGCGUAGAGACCAUGGACCCACUAAUCAUUAAACAUAUAGAUGCUUCCUCUCCUAGUCUUAAACUAUUGGUGAAUGACGUCACUGUCACUGGCCUCAAAAAUUGCGUUACGAAGAAAAUGCAGCGAGACACAGCCAGAUCAUGGCUGACAGUUAAAAUCCAGUGCACGGCUCAAUUGGAAGGAGAUUACGAGAUGAAGGGAAACUUGCUCAUCUUACCUAUCGAAGGAAAGGGCAAAGUACAUGUUGCUAUAAGAAAAGUGUUGAUCAACAUCGAAGGAGAAUUGGGAGAAAAGAACAAAUCAGGUGGAAAAUAUUGGUUCAUUAAGAGCUGGAAAAGUAAUUUCGAGCUCAAAGAUAAAUCCGACUUGGAAUUCGAGAAUUUAUUCAACGGUAAUGAAGUUUUAGGUCGUGCAGCCGGCGAAUUGAUCCGUUCCAGUGCUAAUGACAUCAUCUACGAGAUCGGGCCUACAGUCGUCAACGGCAUAAUCACAAAAAUUGUCGACAAUAUUCAACAGUUUUUCAGCCAGGUCCCCGUAAAUGACCUCGCUUUAGACCUCUUUGAAGUAAACAUGGCAAUAGGAACAUUUUUGUUUACAGUGUUUUUAUUUGUUUGUUCCGUACACACGGACGUGCCCUUUAUAACAAAAUGCGUAUCAACGGACGCAUCGUGCCUGAAGACGUCUGCGCAAGCGGCUAUCCCUAUCUUCGCCUCGGGGGUGCCAGAAAUGAACAUCGAUCCUCUGGACCCUUUAUACAUCAAUCGAGUAGAGUCUAUCACUGACCAGCUCACCUUCACGUCCACCGAUGGAGUCAUCACUGGACUUGGCAAAUGUGUCGUGGAAAAUGUCGAGCGUGACACACAAGCAACUAAAAUAAUAUUUGGAGCGGUGUGUGAUUUGGACUACAAAGGCAAAUACGAAGUGAAAGGUCAAGUGCUGAUAGUUCCUUUUGAAGGGAAAGGCGACAUUAGCGCUAAACUAAGAAAGUUGUAUAUCAACGUGGAUUCACUGUUAACUGUGAAAACCGACAAACAAGGACGUAAGCACUGGUACAUCAAGAGUUACGAGUACAAUUACGAGCUAAGAGGCAAGACGGAUAUCCAACUCACAAAGCUUUUUGAUGGCAAUGAAGUUCUUGGCCGCGCUGCACGGGAAUUGCUUUCUUCGAGCGGAAACGAAAUCUUCAUGGAAGUAGGCCCCCCAAUACUUAAGGGUAUCGUUGAUAAGCUGAUCAAGAUUAUUAACAAAUUCUACCAUUCUAUUGAUGCCAAUGAUUUAGCUGUAGAUCCAUUUUAAGAAAUAAAAACUGAUAACAACUUUUUAUUUAACACUAGUUAGAGCCUUGACCCAUUGCUCAGACGUGCGUUAACGUACGUAGAAACUUCAAUUUAUAUAUUAGUAGAUGUUGACCAGGGCUUCACUCUCGUAGGAUUUUUAAGAUAAAAUAUAGCUUAUAGCAAUCUUGGCUAAUAUAUCUUUCUAAUGGUGAAAGCAUUUUUUGAAAUCAGUUUGGUAGUUUCAAAGAUUACCGGCCUCAAACAUACAAACUCAUAAACGCUUACCUCUUUAUAAUAAUUUGUUAUUAUAUAUUAUUUGUAACGCAUCGGAGCAGUAGGGCACGGCCUUUUCAUAGCUACAUAAUUUAUGUUUGGAAAUAUGUUUCCAUUGAUCGAUCAAUUUAUGUAAUAUUAGAGAAAAAAUACGUUUUACUUUUCUAAUAUAAAUUUAUUGACACUUGAAGUAAGAAUUAAGUAUGAAUUAAAUCUUCUAGUAACAAGGUGAGCUAUGAGAUUUUUAUAACACCAACUUUCCAAUAGCAACGUUACGUUACGUUGCAAGUAGCGUAGUAGCAAGUUGGUGUCAUAAAAAUCUCUCAGCUCAGAAUAAAAAUUAUGUUAUUGUGCACUUGAUCUAUUUUUAAUAUUGUAUUUUAAAUAGAUAAAUAUAAUUCUACGAUUAAAGUACUUAAUAUUUAA